UUAGUUUACUUUGUUUUCCAUUUUCUUCUCCACAAUCACACAUCUCUGAAACAAACUCCUUUAGCGUUAUAUUACCGGAACCAAUUGAACCGGCACCGGAGAGAAACUAAAAAAACCGUUCGCCGGAGAGAAGAGAGGGCGUUAAUCGGAGAAGCCCUCUCAAUCUCCGAUCGCAAAGAAACCCCUAAAAUUGCUAUUGAUUUCAUCAUCGCAAUCGUUGAAUCAUAUGGUUAACAUAUUUUCAAUUUUUGAUGCGCCGAUCCAAUGCCCGUAAAAUAAAUCGUGUUGAUAACAAGAGUAAGACAAUGGAAUCGGCUAAUUUGCAAUACCGACCAAGUAGAUCUUCACAUCGGAGUCCUAAUCGGAAUAGUUCUAAAUCGAAAUCGAGAAUCUUUUGUUACACUUCGAUAAUGUUUGUUAUUGCUUUUUUAUGUUAUGUUUUUGUGUUUUCGAGUCAUGUUAGGUUUUCUGUGAAGAGGAAAUAUGGGAUUGUGAUUGAUGGAGGAAGUACGGGGACGAGGAUUCAUGUGUUUGAGUAUGAGGUUAGGAAUGGGGUGCCGGUGUAUGAUUUUGGGGAUAAGGGUUUGGUUUCGAUGAGGGUGAAUCCGGGGUUAUCGGCUUAUGCUGAACAACCGGAGAUGGCGAGUGAAUCAGUGGGGAAGUUGGUGGAGUUUGGGAAGCAAAAUGUACCUCAGGAAUAUUGGAGUUCAACAGAGAUUAGGUUGAUGGCUACUGCUGGAAUGAGGUUAUUGGAUUCGGGUGUACAGGAGAAGAUUUUAGAAGUGUGUCGAUGGGUACUGAGGGAUUCGGGUUUAAAGUUUAGGGAUGAUUGGGCUUCUGUUAUUUCAGGAUCUGAUGAGGGUUUAUAUGCCUGGGUUAUUGCUAAUUAUGCCCUUGGUACUCUUGGUAGUGAUCCUUUGCAAACAACUGGGAUAAUUGAACUUGGUGGUGCAUCUGCGCAGGUAACUUUUGUUUCUGACGAGCCUAUGCCCCCAGAAUAUUCUCGUACCAUUAAAUUCAGGAACUUUACCUACAGGAUCUACAGUCAUAGCUUGCUUCAAUUUGGUCAGAAUGUUGCAUUUGACUUACUCCAGGAGUCCCUUGUAGCGAGAGGCCACCAUCAAGCUCCUGAAAGUGUUAAGCUGAUGGAUCCUUGUUCUCCUAGAGGAUACCCACAGAACUUAAUGUCAUUGAAGCUCUCCCCCAGUAGUUUCUUAGAUAGGACUAGGCACCUAUCGUCUCUUUAUCCCAGCGGUAACUUCUCAGAAUGCAGGUCUGCCUCACUAUCAUUGUUGCAGAAAGGCAAAGAGAGUUGCCCUUAUAAAAGCUGCUACAUUGGGUCUACAUUUAUGCCAAAGCUCCAGGGGAAUUUUUUAGCUACAGAAAAUUUUUUCUACACUUCCAGGUUUUUUGGUUUGCCCCCAAAAGCUUUUCUUUCUGAUCUUAUGGCGGCUGGGAAAAGUUUUUGUGAAGAGGACUGGUCAAGUUUGAAAAGCAAAUACCCCUCCCUUCAAGAGGAGGACUUGCAUCGUUAUUGCUUCUCUUCAGCGUAUAUAUUGGCAUUACUUCAUGAUAGUCUUGGAAUUGCUUUGGAUGAUGAUAGGAUUGGAUAUGCUAAUCAAGUUGAAAACAUUCCACUUGAUUGGGCAUUGGGAGCAUUCAUCUUGCAGAGCACAGCUGAGUUGGACAAAGAGCAUUCUGGGUGGUUUGCAAAUAUGUUCAGUGAGGACUCUCUCAUUUUGCUUCUCUUCUUUGCCUUUUUCAUUUUGGUGAUGUUCACCGCAUGGUAUGUGUCAAAGUGGAGAAAGCCACAAUUGAAGACUGUGUAUGAUCUAGAGAAAGGAAAGUACAUAGUCACACGUGUUGGUAGAUGUUCAUAGAUUGUUUUAUAGGAGUAGAAGCCAUUUUCCUGCAUCUGUGGAUAAGGCGGAAGGACCAAAGUAGAUCAUCAACUACCUCAUCCAAGAAUCUCUGCACACUUUGUUGCUUGGUACCCCGAGCUAAAGAUGCUAUACUUAGGCGAAGUCAGAUCAAUCUUAUGGGACUGUAGCUACCCAACUCAAGAAGGUGUCUCGGUCUCUAUUUAUUGUUAUGAAGCAGAAAAUCUUCCUGUAAGAAUGUUAUAGUCGGUAUGAGGAAGCAGAUAUACUAGAAACUUAGAAGAGCUCGUCUUGUUUGGUUGCUCACCAAGUAUACCAUUUACACUAUAGUCAUUACUCAUUAACAUAUUUCCUUCACAAAGUAGUUGCCUGUAUCCAUCCCCUGGAGGGGGGUUGGUGUAGAACUGAAGAUUUCUCAUGGGUGGUAAAUAAUUUGAAUUUAUUCUAUUUUACGCGUCUUCA